AUGCAAGGUGUCAUGCAGAAGCAUCAAAUAUCCUGGGAUAAUUGUGUUGGAGUUGGUGUUGACAACACCUCAGUUAAUAUGGGUUGUAACAAUUCCAUCAAGACAAGGGUUCUCCAACAAAACGGAGCCAUCUUCAUUAUGGGCUGCCCAUGUCACAUAGUUCACAAUACUGCAGGAAAAGCAGCAGAAGCGUGUGAAACUGUAAGUAUGGUAUGUUAAAUUGUGACCGCUCAGUUGGUUUAGCAUCCGACUAUGAAGCGGGAGGUCAUGGGUUCAAAUCCAGGCCGGACCAACACAAACGGUCUUAAAAUAAUUGAGGAAGAAGGUCCUGCCAUUGCUCUUAGACCUUUAAUUAUUCUCGAGCAAGGACGUUAAACCGUAGGUUAAGGCUUUCUACCAAAAUGUAACUACUUCUCUUUUAUUAAGGUUUCAAAAUUUAAUGUUGAAGAUCUUGUGAUAGACAUCUUCUUUUGGCAUGUCUGAGUGAAUAUUGCAGUUUUUGUGACAUCGACUACAGACCGAUUGUGAAACAUCUGAACACCAGAUGGCUUAGCUUAGAGCGAGCGGUUGGUCGUGUACUACUACAGUAUGAUGCUCUUAAGAGCUACUUUUUGUCUGAAGGUUUGUCUUUUCGCCUUCAGUUUUGACAUUUUAACUUAAUUUUCCUUGCACUGUUUAAUAUAACGAAACUCAUCCUGCUCUGUAUUUUUAUGUUUUUUAUACAGAGGACAAUUCAGCUCGGUUCACUAGGCUGCAUAUUUUGUUUGAGAAACCAAUGACAGAAGUGUACCUACUAUUCUAUAAAUCAGCACUACAAACCUUCAUCCACUUCAACUUGUUUCUGCAGAGAGAGGAUCCAGUUAUUCCUGUUAUUGACGAUGAAAUGAGCGCCUUCCUACGCAAACUAGCUUCCAAGUUUGUUAUUGUGCAAGAAAUUAGGAAUGUGAACGGGAAUUUCAGAGCAAUGGAUUUCAAAGAUCAGGACAACCAACUUUCUGGUAUAUAUAAUCAGUCUCGUCUCCGUUCAUUACUGUCUAAAAACAACUAAACAAAAAACCUAAUAGCUAGUUAACAUAAUCCUAUUAGGGCAAGUCUAAGCACCCGUUUCAACUACUUAACCAAACGUUAACUUUACACUUAUUACAGAUUUUAAAUUAUUUUUUCUGUUUAGAUAACCAACUGUUUGUUGGUUUUCUUACAAGAACGAAAUUGCGGGAACUCUUCAAUGAUGGAGACAUCAGUGAGCAUGACCAAGCUAAGUUUUAUAGAAGUGUUCGGGCGUUUUAUGAACAAGCUAUGGAGUAUGCCCUUUUAGAUCUUCCUCUGGAGGACGCACUGUUACAAAAUGCUGGAUUUGUGAAUUUUCAUGUCAGAGAGACAGCCACCUUUCAGCAAGUUGAUUAUUUUGUGGCGAGGUAAGUGUCGCUGUAUGUCGGUGUGUAUGCCUUUGAACAUAAACGACUUACAUUUAGGGACAAUUGGAAAACGUAUACUUGACGUAGUAAAAUUCUGCUAUUUUAACUUUGUUCCACUUAGAUUCGGUGAUCUGCUGCCAUUUCAGUCACCAAGAGAGAUGGAUGUUUUGUUGGAUGAAUUUGUCGAGUACCAACUUUUGCAAGAUGAUGACAUACCUUCUGACGUGUGGGACAAAGCCUCGAUUGUCAUAGAUGAUGACACUACAUACCACCGUAUGGAUAUCGUAUGGCAUCACAUUUCUACCUUAAAGGCUCCAGAUAGCAGAUUACGAUUCAGUCGUCUAUCAAAGGUUGCAAUGUUGGUACUUAUAAUCCCACACUCAAAUGCAGAAGAGGAGCGUGUCUUUUCAAUGGUUCGCAAGAACAAGACCGCGUUCCGGCCUGCCCUUGACCCCAAAGGCAUGCUCUCCAGCAUCCUGACGAUUAAACUCGCACACACCGAAGCAGCUCACCAGUUCGAGCCAAACAAAGAACUGCUUAAAACAGCCAAGUCCGCUACGAGGGUAUAUAACCUUGCACACUGUUCGAAAUGAAGUGUGUGAUAAGAAUACUCCUGUAUUGUUCAUUUUUUACAAUAAAACACACAUCUAUUUAGACUAAAAUAAUUUUAUAUUAUAUUGCUUAGCAGUUCUUAGAGUUAUUAAAAAAAUGCAAACUAGUGUGUUCUGACUCUCGAAUUCAGGUGGAAGGGUGGGUGUUGAACAAUUUUUUACGGUCAUGCAAUAUCGUUGUGAAUACCUCAUUUGACAACCACAGUUUAGCUUAUUGCAUAAUUGAUAAAAUAUCACCAUCUGGCAUAUUAAAGGCUCUCUGAUUCGGAUUAUGGACUAUUAAAAUAUUGUUUUGAAACCUAAAAAUAAUUACAAAAUGUGUUCUCAGAAUGCUGGAAAUGCCAUUUUAGACACCCUAAUUCUAAAAAUUUUUCGGGGGAGCAUGCCCCCGGUAUAGGCAGCUCGUGGCUUCGCCACGAGAUAUUUAAAUCAAUCUUGCGCACAAAAUCUGCAAAAGGUUGGCAGCUAUGGCAAUGUGUUGAUGACCUUUCAAAUCACUAAAAUACUAAUUUCGACCACGGCAACUAGGUGUAAUAACAUACCUGUUUCGCUGCUCUGGUUUUAUUCAAAUGAAUGCAGAGCCCAGUUGAAUAGACCUUUAUAAAAAGGUUGACGUCAGCAGGCUUGUGAUGUAGUUUGCGGAGGAAAUCCCGAAAGCUUAGAAUUGUUUAGUUGUUUUGAGUUUUUUAAAAGCCAUAAGAAACCAGUAUUAUGGUAAGUUUGAAGUAAAUUUUUCAAUAUAUAGGCCAAAUGAGUUUUCGUAUUUGUUGUAGUUUAAAUUUUAUUUGUUUUUUAUAUUAGAUUGUACAUUAUUUUUCUGUCAACAUUUAAGUUCUUUGUAUGAUUGCAUGGCGAUAAAAUAUAUAAUAGUUUUUGUUUGUGGAAACGCCACGUAAAUUUAUUACUGCAAAGCUUUCCAUCCUUAAGCCCGGAUCUUCAUCAGUGCUAAUAAUUAUUAACACUGAUGAAGAUCCGGGCUUACGGAUCGAAAGCUUUGCAGUAAUAAAUUUACGUCAUGUUUCCACAAACAAAACUAUUAUAUUUCGCAAAUUUUUUGCUCGGUUUGUUUACAUAUGUCGUUGCUAAAAAGUAUAAUUUUUCUUUUUUAUUUCUCAAAUGGAUCAGUUUAAUCAUCAGAAUGGCCCCAAUUAAGCUGUAGACAGGAAUACACAGGCUUAGUGAUCGUGCAAAGAGGUACAUAAGUGAAGUUAGAUUCUGCAACAACCCCUCGCCUACAUUUUCCAAACAUUGUUUCAACAUGAAGUAUUUGUAAUUACGCCAACACUGAACGCAGUAGGUGAAUAUAACAGCUUAUUUCACCUGUAGGUGAAUAUAACAGCUUAAUACGUCAAAUUUGACCAAUGAACGUGUAGGUAUAGGUUAUUUUGAGGCAACGAGGGGAUAUGUGAUUUAUUCACCGAGGCGCACAGCGCCGAGGUGAAUAAACACAUAUCCCCCAGGUGCCUCAAAAUAAGUACUUAUUUUUCACACUGCGAGGUCGUGUUAAAGAGUCAGAAUAGAAAUAAUUCUUAAUGCCAUAUUGCCUUCGCGAUGUUAUUUUUUCUCAUUUUUUGUGCUGCAAAGACAUUGCAGGUGAAUAUUAGAGGGGGUUAUUAAUUGCAGGUGAAUAUUAGAGGGGAUUAUUAAACGGAAAUUGAUUAGAGGGGAAUAUUGAAUAUAUUCCCCGACAAGAACAAAGGAAACCGAGCAGGGUGAAAAAUAAGAUUUGUUAUGUUCACUUGUGCAAAAAUACAAAUACAAUUUAUUGAAAAUCCCUUUACUUUGUAAGUGAGUUUGUGUACUUACCUUAUUUAUUCAAUUAUUCAUUUAUAUAGCAAAUAAAAGAAGCCCACAAAUCUCCAAAGAAGAAAAAAAUACAUUUCUUGCCCAGAGAAACCCAAGCUCUCAUGAAAGCUACGGAAGCAUUUUAUAAAGAAGGCAACUUUGAUCCUGACGCUAUUUGGCAAUGCAUUAAUAAUGAUGAAUCUUGUCAAAAAUUAAAAAUAACCGAGAAGUACGGUAAAAUGCAGCUGCUCAACAAAGUAAAGAG